GCCCUCUCCAUUACUCGACACACGCUUCGAAGCCUCGAUACAAAACGUCACAUCACUAGGAAAUGCCAACAGACUCAGAACAAACUAAGAGUCAGAUCGGCAGAAACAGAGAUCACGGACAUGUCUGCUGUAACUGCAACGCUCUGCUCCACGCUGAUGUUUGUCGUGUUCGUCUCUGCAGAGCAGAAAAACAUUACAGCUCAGUCUGGACAGAACGUCACUCUGACAUGUCGAGCUCCAAACAACAACAUCACAGCUGUGCACUGGAAGAACGCUGACCUGAAGCCAGAAUAUGUGCUUUUGUACCAGGAUGGUCUAUCUGAUCCAACACACCUGCAUCCAUCUUUUAAGAACCGGGUGGAUCUGCAGGACAGACAGAUGAAGGAUGGAGACGUGUCUUUGAUUCUGAAGGAUGUGACGAUUAAUGACACUGGAACAUACGAGUGUCAUGUGUUCAUGGCAGAAACAGACUCAUUGAAGAUUCCCAGCAUCAUCCACCUGGCUGUUGUUCCUGCAGGUCCGACAGGAGGACGCACAGAGGACGGAGGGAAGGAGGAUGGAGGAAAGGAAGGUUUUGGAUACAAAGACGACUUCAAUCUAAGACUUACGAUGAUCCAGAGAUCACACAGCCUCUUACGUCUGCGCAGGAGGACAGUUACACAGAUGACCUGA